GAGCUGCUCGUAAAAUGGUGCGUAGCUAACAUUGGAAUAUGCUUUUAUUGACAUUUUAAACGAUUUUAAAGGAAUGGCGUCACGACUCUAAUCUUUUUUCGCUCUCUACACUAGUUCGAAACGUCUUUACCUAUAACAUUUGAUCGUUGGCAGCAAUAUUAUUGUCUCUAACAGUACUAUAAGUGCAGUUAUGGCCGCUCAGAAUGUAUUUUUCGCCAUCGAUGUGGAUUAUCGACCAGCAGAGACCAGCAGCACAAUCAGUGCCUUUCAAAGUCAUAUUAAACAUUGGGUACUAAGGAUUCUGCUCCGUUUGGGAAAUAAAUAUGGUCUUGAAAAAGUGCGAUGGGGAUAUACAUGUUUCCAUUCGAGGACCGUGAAAAGUGCCAAUCUUGUAACCAGAGUCACUGAUUUCAAGGAGCUCCACGAGAAGGCGUUCAGUGACUUUGAAGAAGAGCUUCUUGUCAAAUUCAACCUGGAGGAAAAAUCCCCCAGAUGUCGCGAAAAGUCCUUAACGCAACACAAACUGAAACCCAGCCCGGCUAGUUGUGUCCAGAAUGCUCUGAAAGAGAUUCUCCUAGACUUCCAAUGGGACAGACCUGAUCUAACAUCUCCCACCAAAGUGACUUUGAGACCCCGAAGGUCCAGUCGAAGUGGCAGAAAUGUCCCCUCGCAGGAAGAUGACUUAAAUUUUGACAGAAAUAUCCUUUUCGUUGUUUCUGAAUGUCCAUGCUCCAAUAGAGACUUGGGGGAUUACUUGUCUCUGCGGAGGGAGGACCGUAGAAACCAAAGAGCAAUACAGGAGCAGGUGCUGCCCAAAGGUCUCAUAGAGUUGCUUAUUCAACGAAAAGUUGUGCUGCAUUGGGCUGAUUCCGGCAUAUUGAAGGGUAACAAUGUUGUGGAGGACUACACUGGCAUGGAGACAGUGGCAGAGCUUCUAGGGCAGGUUGGUGGACUGGUGGUGCCCAUGCUGUCUCCUUGCUUGCCAAUGAGGGACCAACAUCCUGGUGUAAACCCUGCACUGGCUUUUGGACUGGAUGUUUUCCCUAUAGACUCAGUUAAUGGCUACAUUCAGUCAUCGCAAAGGUUGCAACAACAAGCAUUUCCAUCUUUGGAUGGGUCUCUUUGCUGGAUUGCAGAAGGUGGGGACAAGCAGUCUUGUGGUGUGACUCUAGAGCCGGUCUCAUUCAGGCAGAGAUCCCUUCGUGCUCCUGUAGAAGUGACUCUGAGCGGUGUCCUGCAGGACUUGGACACCCUCUCCCUGUCAAGUUCAGCCUCUGAGAGCUGGAUUCUGCAGUGCACAGUUGCUGAGCUGGGUCAAGUGGCUUUUCAGCACCUGAGGGAGUUGUCCACUGGUGGAUCAUCCAUGCUUGCAGAAGUGAGUGAAGGAGGUGUGGUGUGUUCAGCGGUCCUGUCAGUGCUCUCCUCCUGCACAGCUCUACUCACUGUUCUCCAGCCUCUGGUUAUUCUGGGAGACAUGCACCUUCCUGCAAGCUCAGUUUCCUCAGAUACCGCAGACAUCUCUACUGACUUACCUGAUGUUGUCAGCAGUGUUCUCAAUGUCAUGUAUGACACCUUGGAGGCUGAGGAUUACUCAGAGGAAGUGAAGCUGCCAUUGGUUCCUGACUGGGCUAAUCAAGAGCUCAAACAGGGGUCUUGUGCAAGAAGAAAUGGGCUGGUAGAGGGGUGGUUUCCUCUGUCUGACCAAUCAGGCAUCAGCUGCCACUUAAUGGAAUCAAUGAAGUUGCUUAAUGCAGCUCCUGAAGAAGAGGAACAUGGAGAGGAAUACUCGGACACUCACCAGGAGCUGACCAGCUGUCUCUCAGAGCUAUAUCAGAGUAGCGCAGCUGGCUCUAGUGGCAACCAGAGGUCCAAAAAACGAGGUACCCAGCGCACACCGGUAAGACAGAAGAUGAAGACCAUGAGUCGCUCUCUACAGAUGUUGAAUUUUGCUCGCUUGAACGUGAAAGCUCAAAAGACUCAGGCAGAUAGCAGCUCUGUGGGGUCUGCUAAAGGGGCUGACAAAGGGGAAAAGAGAUGCUCUGGGGAUCGCACUAAGCCUGGCGUCAUGCAUUUCAACAGUGAGGAGGAGCUGCUCUCCCAUCUGAGACUUACUUAUCAGGAAGCUGUGGACAACAGAUUAUUGUCUGUUCCCUCUCAGGUCCAGGAUUUGGUCUCUUUGGUGAAGGCAUUCAUCAAAACCAACACAGAAGCGGAGGCUGCAUUCUUGGAUUUGGUGCAAAAGCAUCUAUUGAAAACCUGUCAGUCUAUUCGUCAGCUGUGUGGAGAUUCUUCAGAUGUUGAAAGUAAAAUAAGGGAAUGCCAGCUGCAAGCAGUUCUCAGACUUGAGUUGUGCAGACAACCAGAACAAGAGGUGGAGGUUGUGGAACAGAGAGUGGAGGAUGUGGCUGAUUUGUUCCGUAUUAUCUCUCGGGGGAAAGAUGCUGUGUACUUAUCCAAGUUCAUGCAAGACGAAGUCCUCCCAGUGUACUUGAACAGCAUUCCUAAGGUCCUGGCAGAUGUCUACCACAGUCUAGGAACUCAGUUGCCUGAGGCACUCAUUGCUGUCCUGCCCCCUGACUUCUUCAGUGACGAGUCUUUGGCAAAGGACAGUGUGUCUGUGAGUCCCUCUCCUUUCUCUGCCACUCAGAGCCACGUCUCCAGUGUCGGAGAUCACCUGGAGGAACUCCGCAUUCGCUCUGCUAAGAAGAGGAGGCAGAACAUGAUCACGCGCCACAAGAGCAUGAGUGAGGCUCCUCAAGUGCUUCGACAGAUAGAAAUGCCAAGAAAGUCCACACGCCUGACAAAGCCAAAGCUGUGUGUUCCUGUAGAAAAACCUGCUGUGGAAGAACCACCACCUCAGAAGCAAACAGUUCAAGAGGUAACAAAGGUUAGGAGAAAUCUCUUCAACCAGGUAACCGUAUCUCCGUCAAAGAAGUCAAAAAUGCCCAGAAGCCAGUCUGUUUCCGCAGUAGAAGGACUCAGGAAACGCAAGCGUUCACAUGUGGAAGAUGAUGUUUCAGAACGACACAGUCUUCUGACAAAGAAAGUAACUGAGACACCACUUCAUAAGCAAGUGUCCAAUCGCUUACUACACAGGCAAAGGACUGGCAGGAGAUCUGGAGAAUCUGACGUGUGCAUUAUUGAGGAGUCUCCUGUAAAACCAGUUGCUGACUUGAGGAGAAGCCCAAGAAUUAAAAGCCUUACCAGGAGACAUUCCAGUGUCUUCUAUUCAAGCUCACAGCUACGUUCCCGAAACCUGGAUCGUGCCCUGUCCUCGUCUCAGCUCUGCCACUCUGAGGGUAAAGGUGGAUUCAAUGUUAGUUCUGUUAGGUCUCCAGUUCGGCUGCUUUUUGGUGCCACCCAAUCCCCUGGUCGCCUACGGCACCCUACAGCAUCCUCUUCAGGAGCUCAAUGCAGCAAAGAUUUGUCGCUUACGUCUGCUGUUUUUGAGAGUUGCAAUAAAACACCACAAAAGUUGCAUUCUGAUGCAUUUGGAUCUGCAGUUGGGUGUAGAACCCCUCUUUCCCCUAGAACUCCAGGCCAGACAGCUGGAGAGAAUGGGAUGACCCUGCGAGGGAGCCCAUUUCGCUCACCAGCUGCUAAGAACCUUGUGGUAGAGACUCCCAAGAAAAGCCCACUUAAGGGGAUCCUUAAGACCCCAAUGAAAAACCUACUGGAUUGCACUUCUCCAAAUGGUGCUUGGCUGAGGAGCCCAAGCAUAAAAACUCCAAAGAAGAGUGUCACAUGGUCUCCCUCUCCACGAAAACGUGUGUCAGACAAUCCAGAGUCACCUCUGUUUGCAAGAAGAUAUUCACCAAGGCUGAUGACACCCAACAAGAGUUGCAGCCCAGAUGAAAAGACAAAUGUUUUCAAAACACCCGACAAGGUGUCCCAGAGGAAAAGCCGGGCAUCUCCUGAAACAUUGCCCAGGACACUUGAAAUCCCUGGAAAUAUUGUUCCAGAAAAAUCUGAGUCUAGUGUGAAAUCAGGAAAGAUAAGGAGAACAUUGAGCUUACCUUGUAAGGUUAAGGAAGGCUCUGGUGACUUUGCCUCCAAUGAUGCACUGCAUUCUAAUUCUGAGCCAUUUUAUUUUUGCCCUUUAACAUUAAAACCAAAUAUACAAACGCCCAUCAAAAGCCCUGUCCCAUCACAAAGGAUAUGCACUCGCUCUGGUAGAACACCUGUAAAAGACUCUUCUUUGCCUCUUAACUCUCAAGCAAUUCUAGGUACUAGUCCUUCACCUCUUAAAGGUCUGUCUUUAGCUACAGAUAAAUCAUGUUUAUUACAGUCUUCUGGUAGUCAUAGAUCAGGUAUCAGCCUGAAUCCUCAAGAGUCUCAAGCAAAAAUUAGUAAAGAGCAAAGUGAGACCAACCUAGGAAAAGCAGUGGAGACGUCGUCUUCGGACUCUCAGCAGUUUGAUUGCUCUGAAUUUAGCACCACAGAGGAUGAAAGCAUUGAUAUAUCUGAGGCCUCAGUGGUAAAGACACAGUUUACCGGUGGCAUUAAGAUGAACAUUGCUUUCUCAAGGAAAGCCUCUAGAUCCUCUGAGGUUUUUACAUUCAAUGGCAUACAAGCCACCCCAGCUGAAACAAGGCCAAGUCGAAGCUAUGGCUUCCGUCAAACUCCAGACCGGCGACAAAGAGAGGCGGAAGCACGUCUUGGAUACUCCUCAGGAACACCAAAGUUCUCCACCCCAAGAACAAGAAGAACUCCUCCUUGUGGAAAUAAGUUUACCAAUCCUCAACCCCUUACUUAUGAAGUGGAGCUGGAGAUGCAGGCCUCAGGUCUGCCUAAACUCAAGUUAAGAAGAACAGAUUCUUUCAAUGCAGGUGAUGCUCCAAAGAGUGCAACCAAGGGAAUGGCUUCACCUCUUGUGCGCCGUAACAUGUCAAACAUUAAGGUACCUCAAAGUGAUAGCCCCCUUGUGCAGUGUUCUAGACAUCGAGAUCCUGGCUGCAUAUCUCCAUCACUCUGCAGUCAUGGAACCCCUGCUAUAGGUACACCCAGGAAAGGUGUACAAACAUUCAUAUGCCAAUCAAUCACUCCCACACGGUAUCCUACAAAUAACCUUUCCCCACUGGCCUCGGGUGAACUCACCCCUUUGACACCAUCUCCACAAAGCAGGGGAUGGUUGACCCCAGAAAACCUCAAUAGUUGGCCUCGUAAGAAAAGGGCACGGAUCGAGACUUAUGGGAACAAAGAGCAGGUUAUCAAAGGAGUUCCUCUCCUUGAAAAGACUGGUAUUUUGGAUGACCCUGAGCUUGAGGGUGUUUUCAGUAUACAAGGGGUGGAAGAACUCAAGGAAUCCGUGAGUACCCCAUUCAGUAAAAAUAAAUUGAGUCUGAGAUCAAGCCAGUUGGCAAGUCAGCAAAGCUCACCAGAAGGCAUGGACUGGACGGAGUCUGUAGUCCAAAAGUGUGAUGUUAGAGACACAAUGAAGUCUGAACAAUUUGUCUGGCUGGGUGGAAAAGUGGACACCCCUCCAGGCCCUAAAGUAAAGAAACCUGUGUCAGCCAGUGGAAUCUUCGCCCUCACGCAGUCACCUCUGUUAUACAAAAAAUCAACUGUAAUCAAUGAAGCAACACAAUGUGAUGAAUCAAAGUCCGAGCUGGAUAUCUCUCCUCUUUGCCAGCCAAGAAGGCGAAGGACACCAAGUAGGAAAUACAGCCGAAAGAAAUUGCUAGACUAAGUAUCAUCACGAAAAAGUACUUUUCUGUCGCCUUGUCCUGUUUUCUUGUUUUUAUAAAAUCUCACUUUUACUGUCAACUGUUUUGAAUGUUAUGCUGUGUCUUUAUAUCAAAUGUUUUUAUUUUGCUUUGAUUGCAUAAUAAUGCAUUAAACAAUAUUGUAUAUUUUGUACUUAAUGUAUUUCCAAAUGUUACAUCUACCAUCAGGUGCAGUGUAACACAGAAGUUUAACAGGUUUUAUCUAAACAUUGUGAAAAUAUGGUGGAAACAUUUUCUUUUACUUUUGACUUUUUUGCAAUCUCAAAAUAAGCUUUAAUUGCAUUUGUUUUAGUUUGUUAUUUUCUGUUUAUUUA